CAUACCGAAAGGGGCACACAGCGCGAACCUAAGCUUCGAUCGUAACGUACGGGACCGAUAGUUAAUUUCAUAGCCGAAUACGUGUCCGUAUCUUUUAAGCGUCUAACGUUCUACGAAGAUUCUGUUAGGAACGUAAAUCUGAGUCGUCAGUAACCGUUCAUCCGUUUUUCUAUUUUAAUAAAGUGAAAACAAAAAUCGUCGACGAUGGAUUUGGUAGAAAUGUUUGAUUAUUACUGGUAUCAAAAAGCCGAUUCCAGAAUGAGCCGUUUACCGCUUAUGCAAUCCCCCAUUAUCCUUCCCGCUAUCCUCUUUUCUUAUUUAUACUUCGUCUUAAAAUGUGGGCCGAAGUUUAUGAAGGACAGAGAACCGUACAAUCUUAAAAACUUUAUAAAGUGGUACAACAUCUUUCAAAUCGUCACCAAUGCAAUCAUAGUGCAACAGUUUAUCAGUGCGGGUUGGUUCACAGAAAUAACAGUAUUUUGCGAACCAGCAGAUUACUCUGACACCCCGAGAAACAUGAAGGUGGUUUAUUUGCUGUGGUUAGUGUUCCUAACCAAAAUCGUCGACCUCAUCGAAACGGGAGUGUUUGUACUGAGGAAAAAGUACAGACAAAUUUCGCUCUUACACCUGUACCAUCACGUAUCAACACCUUUAGUUUGUUGGACUGUAACGAGAUACAGCCCAGUCGCAGGAGUAUCAUUCCCUUGGCUAGUGAACUGUUGCGUACAUGUAAUCAUGUACUCGUAUUAUUUAUUGAGUUCGUUUGGAGGAAAAUGGCAAAGGAUACUUAAUCCAAUCAAACCGUUGAUAACUAUCACACAAAUGGUGCAAUUCAUCGCCCUGAUAGCAUACGCAGUACAAGUGUUUCUGCCAUACUGCAAUGAACAUAAGGCACCGUCCAUUAUAGCGAUAGUGAAUCUUCUUAUAAAUUUCGUUCUGUUUUACAGUUUCUAUCAAAAUACGUAUGUGAAGUCCGCUAAGAAGGUGAAGUGAAUCGUUUUGAAUGAAACUAAAGUCACUCGUCAAUCAUUGUGAUACUGAGUUUGAAUUAAAAUCAAUGAAAUAUUCUAUCGAACAUUUUACUGAUAAGUUCAUACCUACAAAUAAUACUUAGGUUUAAAUAAUAGAUUGCAAUUAAAAGUGUUUGAUUGCUAUAAUAAAAGUAACCGCGAUUGGUGUGAGAUUGCAAAUAGUAAUUAAUAUAGGUAUUAAUAAAUAACAGUGAUUGCA